AUGGCUUUUUCUUUUACAGCUUCGGAAGGUUCAUCUGGUGGUUUACUGUCUAUAUGGAAUUCUAAAACUGUUUCAGUGGAGGCUAGUUUUUCGGGCCCGGGUUUUCUAGGAACAAAGGUUUUGUGGAAAGGAGCAAUUUAUUAUGUGGUUAAUGUCUAUUCUGAUUGCACUUUGUCUCAGAAACGAAUUUUAUGGAACCGGUUGUUAGUGUUAAAAAAUAAAUAUCAAGACGGAGAAUGGAUAGUAGCAGGAGAUUUUAAUGCGGUUAAAAAGAGGAGUGAGAGAUGUGGUAUUUCUUCUAGAAAUGGCAAUGCCAAAUGGAAAGACUUUUCGGAUUUCAUUGAAGAAACGGGGCUUGUUGAUGUGCCUUGCAAGGGCAAGAGAUUCUCUUGGUUUAGUGGAGAUGGAAAGUCGAAGAGUAGAAUCGAUAGAUUUCUUAUUUCCAACAAUAUUAUCUCAUCUUGGGGGGUGGUUGGUCAAUGGAUAGGAAUGAGAGAUAUUUCCGAUCAUUGUCCGGUGUGGUUGAUGGUGGAUAAGGAGGAUUGGGGGCCAAAACCUUUCAAGUUCAAUAAUGAAUGGUUUAAUGACAAGAAUUUCUUUGACUUUGUUAAGAAGGAAUGGGAGGGAAUUAAAGUUCAAGGGAGGGGAGAUUUUGUUUUGAAGGAGAAAUUUCGUUUGAUUAAAGAGAGAUUGAAGUGGUGGGAAAAAAAUAUUUUUGGGAAAAUUGAUUUGGAGAUAGAAGAGAAUGUGAAAGAAUUAAACAAAUGGGACGAUAGGGAGGUGUGGGAGGAAGAGAUUCAUUUGAAUAAGGUCAAGGCGUCAAAGAAUAUAUGGUUCAACCUUAAACUCAAGGAGAACAUGUUGAUUCAAAAAAGUAGGAUGAGGUGGUUAAAUGAUGGGGAUGAUAAUAGUAGAUACUUUCAUAACUCGGUGAAGGAAAGAAGGCGCAUGAACCGCAUUUGCUUGUUAGAUUCUAAUGAAGGGGUUGUUGCUACGGUUAAUGAGGUGAAGGAUAGGGUGAAGAAUCAUUUCGAAUGCAAGUUUAAGGAGGAGUGUUUCGAAAGACCUCUAUUGGAAGAUGUUGCUAUUGGAUCUUUGAAUGAAGAUCAAUCUUGUUCUUUAGAGGCUUACGAUAGAAGAAAUAAAGGAGGCGGUUUGGAGUUGUGA